AUGUCAGCAUCGCAGUGCUCGAUGAGCGGCGCCGGGGAGCCGGGGAUGCGGACGGUGGUCUGGUUCAGGCGAGACCUGCGUGUGGAGGACAACCCGGCGCUGGCGGCAGCCGCUCGGACGGCCGGGGAGGUCGUGCCGGCGUACGUGUGGGCGCCCGAGGAGGACGGGCCGUACUACCCCGGCAGGGUGUCCCGGUGGUGGCUCAGCCAAAGCCUCAAGCACCUGGACGCCUCGCUACGCCGGCUCGGCGCCGGCCGACUCGUCACCCGCCGCUCCAACGACGCUGUCGUCGCGCUGCUCGACCUCGUCCGCAGCACCGGCGCCACGCACCUCUUUUUCAACCACCUCUACGAUCCGCUGUCGCUGGUCCGGGACCACCGCGUGAAGGAGCAGCUGACGGCUGAGGGCAUCUCUGUGCAGUCCUUCAACGCUGAUCUGCUGUACGAGCCGUGGGAGGUCCUCGACGACGACGGCUGCCCCUUCACCAUGUUCGUUCCAUUCUGGAACAGGUGCCUGUGCAUGCCGGACCCCGCCGCACCACUUCUGCCGCCCAAGAGGAUCAAUUCAGGUGACUUGUCGAGGUGUCCGUGGGACGAGCUGAUCUUUGAAGACGAGUCCGAGAGGGGCAGCAACGCGCUGCUUGCGCGGGCGUGGUCACCAGGGUGGCAGAAUGCUGACAAGGCACUGACGGCCUUCCUCAACGGUCCGCUGAUGGACUACUCCGUGAACCGCAAGAAGGCCGACAGUGCCAGCACGUCCCUGCUGUCUCCGUACCUGCACUUCGGCGAGCUCAGCGUCCGCAAGGUCUUCCACCAGGUCCGGAUGAAGCAGCUGAUGUGGAGCAACGACGGCAACCACGCUGGCGAGGAGAGCUGCACCCUAUUCCUCCGCUCCAUCGGCCUGCGGGAGUACUCGAGGUACCUCACCUUCAACCACCCCUGCAGCCACGAGAAGCCCCUUCUGUCGCACCUCAGGUUCUUCCCCUGGGUCGUCAAUGAGGUGUACUUCAAGGUUUGGAGACAAGGGAGGACUGGCUACCCUCUUGUCGACGCUGGCAUGAGGGAGCUCUGGGCCACUGGGUGGGUCCAUGACCGGAUACGUGUCGUCGUCUCUAGCUUCUUUGUCAAGGUACUCCAGCUGCCAUGGCGCUGGGGGAUGAAGUACUUCUGGGACACCUUGCUGGAUGCUGACCUUGAGAGUGACGCACUAGGCUGGCAGUACAUUUCUGGGUCUCUCCCUGAUGGCCGUGAGCUUGACCGCAUUGACAACCCUCAGUUUGAAGGGUACAAGUUUGAUCCGCACGGGGAGUACGUACGGCGAUGGCUACCGGAGUUGGCGAGGCUGCCAACGGAAUGGAUACACCACCCCUGGGAUGCACCUGAGUCUGUGCUUCAGGCUGCAGGAGUUGAGCUAGGCUCCAACUACCCCCGCCCCAUUGUUGAGUUAGAUGCUGCCAAUUCCAGGUUGCAGGAUGCCCUGUCAGAGAUGUGGGAGCUUGAGGCAGCCUCUCGUGCUGCGAUGGAGAAUGGAAUGGAAGAAGGCCUCGGUGAUUCCACAGAUGAGCCGCCGAUCGACUUCCCUCAAGAAUUACGGAUGGAAGUGGACAGACAACCGGUUCAACCUGCUAUCCACACACCGGCAGUGGCUGGUUGGAGACGAGAAGAUCAGAUGGUGCCUAGCGUGACUUCCUCAUUCAUUAGAGCUGAAACCGAACUUACUGCAGAUUUUGGCAACACCAGUGGGGACAGUAGGCCAGAAGUGCCGUCAAACAUUCAUUUGCAGGCUCGGGUGGAGAGGGAAGAAACAGUUGACGGUGGCACUGGCAAUACUGUCAGGAUGAAUGGCAACCAUCAGCAGCAGAAUCUUCAGAACAACAUGCACCGUGUGCUAGGUAUUGCUCCAUCAGUUUCAGAGGCAUCGAGCAGCUGGACGGGCAGGGAAGGUGGAGUGUUUUUGGUGAUGGGAUAG